AACACACUCGGUUGGCUUUCCCAACGACCUGGCAACCCUAACACGCCCGCCAUUUUGCACUCUCCAUGGGCCGCCAUUUUGUUUAGCGGCCACGCGAGAAUUCAGCAUGCAAAUUGGCGGGAAUUCCACUCUACACACCGCCACUUGGAGACCCCUAUAAAGUCGCCUACGCAGCCGCCAUUUCAAUCAGUUCACAAUUUGCAGCGAAAGCGCCAACAGCCCCAUCACGUCAAGUUCUUUAAUUUAAAAAAAAGAAGAAAAACACUUUGCUAAUCCUCGCGACAUAAAAAUGGCAUCCGUACGCACCAUGAACGACUAUCACAAGCGCAUCGAGGCGGCCGACGACAAGCUAAUCGUGCUGGAUUUCUAUGCGACAUGGUGUGGUCCCUGCAAGGAAAUGGAGAGCACCGUCAAAUCGCUGGCCAGAAAAUACUCCAGCAAGGCGGUGGUGCUCAAGAUCGAUGUGGACAAAUUCGAGGAGCUGACGGAGCGCUACAAGGUGCGCAGCAUGCCAACGUUUGUCUUUUUGCGCCAAAAUCGACGCUUGGCCUCCUUUGCCGGCGCCGACGAGCACAAGCUGACCAACAUGAUGGCCAAGCUGGUGAAGGCGUAAGCAGCAAUCCUGCCCAGCAAUUAGCAAUCAGCAGCGCAUCUUUUUUUUUUUACUUAUUUAACUCAUCUUUUAAACAUGUUCGCCUCAUUUGUGUUCGUUUAUGUAUUCGAUGUUAUGUGUAUGCUCAUGUGAUGUUUAGCUUGUAAGCGCGAGAUGUGGGUAGCAGGAGAUGCAGUGCAGCCAACAGCAGUGACCAGAUGAUAUAUGCUAUGCUACUACUACUACUUAUAUGCUAUGAUUUGUGGCGCGGAGGCGUGUCUGCGACACAUAAUCCCGCCCAUUUAGCUUUAAGAUUCAGGCACUAAGAAGCAAUUCGAUCAAUAAAUUAUUGUAACCACU